GUACGCUAUGAAGCUGUGGUGAAACAAAAUCAUAGUAACGGUUACACGCAACAUUGUCGAUUAUCAGAACUAAGCCAUUGUCACUGUGACGAAAUUUUCCAACCAGAGUGGACUCCUGAAAAUGAAUAAUGACGAUAAUAAAUCAGAUGAAGAAGACUUCUUCUCUAAAUUCGGACAGUAUGAAGCCGAGCGUGCAAGAAGGCGCACAGAACUGGUCCAAGAUUAUCUGGAAUUCAAGAGGAAAGAAGAGGAAAGCUUUUACAACAGAUUUUCCGAUAAGAAGAAGCAGUUUAAUUCCCAUCAGAAGUCCGGUGUGGGCUUUCGACAGGAUGCAAAAUACACUAAGAGCGAACAAAAUAGUUCCGAAAACACUGACAUGGGGUACCGACUAGCAGAAUUAGAAAGAAAAAUCAACAGUCUUUUUGCCGACAAAACUGCGGAGCUCCAAAUCAGUAGGCAACCUGAUUUGAGUGAUAAACAUUUAGUAUCAUGCGAUGGCAGUAUCAAAAACUCUGAAGAAGUGGAGAAGACCCUUCCUUUUGAUAAUUUUCGCCCUGACACUGGAUUUGAAGAAGACUUGAGGGAACGUCUUCGUCAAAUUUCGGAGGCGGAUAAGCGCCUGAAUCUUAUCGAAGAAGAAUAUAACAAACUUAGGUUUGUUGAUAGCCAGUAUGCAGUGGACAACUUGAAGAAUGGAAGUUUAGCACUACAGUCUGUUGCGAAAACUAGUGACAGUGAAGAAAUAUACUUCAAAAACAGGCAGAAGGCACAGUAUAGAAGAGAACUUGAUAUUCAAAUUGCGGAAACAGAAAAACGACGUUUAGACGAAAAGGCAGAGGAAACGAAAUUGACUUCAGAACGCUGUAGACCUUUUUGUAUAACUGAGACUUUGCAAUUCUCCUCGAAUAGUGGACGUUUAAAUGAAAAAGUCCCAUCCCAAGCAGAAUCAAUGUAUUUUGAUAUAGGAGAAAGAGAUUUACUGGGAACACAAACAUCAUACCCUGAAGCAGUAUGUAGGAAGUUCAGUAGUAAUAGCAGUCUGAAGACGAAUGUACCGAACUCGGCGGAAUUAAAAUUAAAAAAGAUGCAAUAUGCUGAAGAGUUGAAGAAGCAAAUUGAAGAAGCAAAAGCAAAAAAGGCUCAGCAAAAAAGAGAAGACGAAGAGUAUAAUAGAAAGAUUGAAAAACAAAGUUCGAAUUUAAAGUUAUCCAGGGAUAGUGAUCCUAUACAACAAAACUUGAAGUCCGGUUGCACUGAGAAGUCUAACCAACAGUCUUUAUUGGGCUCAAAUGCAUAUAUCGACAUGAAGCUUGAGAAUAACAGAGAACCUAAAGGGAUGUUACAGCCUAACUUUGCUAGAGGUGGUCAUGGGAUUUUCGGUAGCCCAUUAACUGAAGCUCAGAAAUGCACUCUUCAGCAAUACAAAGAAGAAUUAGCAAAACAGAUUGCAGAAAAACGCUGUAUUAUGGAGCUUGAAAAACGAAAGGAGAUUGAACUUGAAAGACGUGAUACAGAAAGGAUUAGGGCGGAUCAAAUAAAAAUGCAGAAAGAAUUUGAGAUGGAACAAGCACGGAAAGAUACUUGGAUUAAGAAGACUAUGCAACAGCCAGAAACUAAGGAGAGCGAAUACAACGAGAAAGUUUGUAAGGGAAAGCAACUAGAAGGGAGGACAAAACCCAUACAGAAAGUAGGCAUUAGGUGUAAUCGACGACCAAAAGCGUCAUCAUCACAAAAGUUUAGCCCGACAAGUAGCCCAGAAAUCUUAAUUGGUCCAGAAGCCACUAAACUAAGUCAGAUGAAAGAGGCUGGUAGCGGCAUAACUAAAAAGCACAGUAGUGAGAAGACACAGUAUGUCCUGAAACAACUGAACACUCUAAGAACUCAGUUGGAUAUGGAAAAGUCUAAAAUUGAGUCAACCUACCAUCAGCAAAAGCAGACAAAUUGCUAUGAUAAGAAAUCUGUAGAAGAUGCUUCUGCUAGACACCGGUCUAGACCUCAAAUGAACAGAAAAGCCAUAAAAAUGUUUCAGGACUCUUCGAACGUAGGAAAAAAUUACAUUUCUCAAUCACCAUAUGAAGAUGAAUUCACGGGCAGACCUGUUAAAGAAGACUUAUCAGAUAUCUGUCAAAAACAGGUCACACUCCUAAGAAAACAAGACAAUUACCUUAAAGAGCUCAGAAGAGAAUUUGAACAGAAUAUUAGCCAGAAAAAUAGUGCUAAUUUAUUGGAAGCCAUAAAUCUGCAGCCUGAAAGUCAGAUGAACAGUAGUAAUCUACUGAUGCAUAUGGAUGAUAAGCUUGUUGAACCUCAGUAUGAACUAAAUAAUGUAUCAAAUUCUUUUCCUAGUGGAUUUAUUGAUUUGGAUGAAAUUGCUGAAAAGAACAAACAGCGUUUAAUGAGGUUAGAUGCGAUGCAACUUUUAAAUGAAGUUAGUGAUGACCCUGAGUCGGUUUUAGAGCGUUUUUUUAAUGAACACGAUGGGAUAUUUUUGAAUGAGUAUAAGCACAAUAUUUUUUAAUAACCCAAUUCACUAUUGUCUUACUUUUCAGCUAAACCAGUUCAGUUCAUGGGGACGCGCGAUGAAAUUUCUGUAAGGUAUGUAUAAAUGGAAAGUACGACAGUAAAUUUCCUUUAUAAAUAAUGAGCAUAGGAAAAUGUAAUAUUGGUAUUUGAAAGUAAUUAUUCUAGUUACACUUAUCAAUACUUCAGGAGAGGAUUAACUUCACCAUCGAUGGUGAUGACGAAACCCGAAAGGCUUAAGUAAACGAUAACAAAUGUUUAUCAUCACAGACAAAAAGUCCUACUUUAUUUCCCCCGGAGAAUUUCAAGUUUAUGAGACAAACUGAUGUAAAAGUCAAAAAUAAUUGGGCAUUUUCCGGAUGUUCCCUGUCUUCAGAUUGAGUUUCAA